GUUUGGCUGUGCAGUGUGAUUGACGGGGACCGAGCCACAGCGGGAUCCUACCAGCACAGCUGAUGUUGUCAAAUGACUGGACGCAGGCCACAACGAUCGACCAAUGGCCGCGCAGCGUUUCGGUUCUUGACAGAUCCCGACUUCAGAUGGAGAGAAUUCAAGAUGGCUGCUACAGUUCGUAAGUAAAGAGGAAACUCCUGGUUCAAGCUGCUGUGCAUGAAGCUGCCCUGAGUUUUCAGUGUUGCAAGUGCAAGUGCUACGUCCCCCAGCUCCUCUUGCAUCUCAUCAUGUCCUCCACCUCUUCCUCCUACUCCUCCUCGGGGGAGACUACUCCGGAGGAUGUACCCCAAUGUUUGGGCACCAUCCGAGUCUACCUCCCCAACAAACAGAGGACAGUGGUAAAUGUUCGUAAAGGACAGACUGUGCACGAGAGUCUAAACAAAGCACUCAAAGUGAGAGGCCUAAGCCAAGACUGCUGUGCUGUAUUCCGCCUUCUAGAAGGUCGUAAGAGACUGACAGACUGGGACACAGACAUCACUCCUCUGGUUGGAGAGGAACUUUUAGUUGAGGUCCUUGAUGAUAUUCCCCUAACCAUGCACAACUUUGUACGGAAAACCUUCUUCAAGCUAGCUUACUGUGAUUUUUGCCACAAGUUUCUUUUUAAUGGCUUCAGAUGUCAGACAUGUGGCUACAAAUUUCACCAGCACUGUAGUAUCAAGGUCCCUACUGUUUGCGUCGACAUGGAUACUGUGAGCAAGCGGUCUGAUUCUAAUCCUUCCACAGAUGAGUACCCACAGAUACUAUUGCCAGAAAAUUCCCCUUCACAGAGUAACCUAGCCUUUACCCCAGAGCCUGCUGGUAUGGACCUCUUGUCCCCAACCUCGGCCUUUCACUUCCCCAUGCCUGGAGGUGAUGGCCAGGGUCUACAGAGGCAUCGCUCCACCUCCACUCCCAAUGUUCAUAUGGUCAGCACAGUGGGCCCUGUUGGUGUCAGCAUCAUUGAGGUCACUCUGCUGCUAGAUAUUUUUCUCCAUGAGGGCUGGACUGUUAAGAUCGGCGACUUUGGCUUGGCCACAGUGAAGUCUCGGUGGAGUGGCUCUCAACAGGUGGAACAGCCGAGUGGAUCCAUUCUCUGGAUGGCUCCUGAGGUGAUCCGAAUGCAGGACCGCAACCCAUAUACGUUCCAGUCUGACGUAUAUGGCUACGGAGUAGUGCUGUUUGAGCUAAUGUCAGGGACCCUGCCUUACACCAACAUUAACAACAGAGACCAGAUACUCUUUAUGGUUGGACGCGGUUACUUGUCUCCCGACCUCAGUAAGCUGUAUAGUACCUCUCCCAAGUCAAUGAAAAGGCUGAUUAUUGACUGCCUGAAGUUUAAACGUGAUGAGAGGCCCCUGUUUCCACAGAUCCUGGUGGCCAUUGAGCAGGUACAAGAACUGCUGCCAAAAAUCGAGCGGAGUCGCUCAGAGCCAUCGCUCCAUCGGGCCGUCCAUGCCGAGGACCUGAAUCCCCUUCUGUUCCACACCACCAGGCUGAUGCCCCUUUAAGCUCCCUGCAGCAGUGGGCAGAGAGGCUGUCACUCAGUCCAACGCCACAUCAUUCCUGUGCCUCAGAGAGGCCACAGCUGGACCUCCUGACAGACCACGACCCCCCAACUCACUCUCUGCCCCCGCAGAGCCCUGGAGCUGCACCACUCAGUAACAAACUGCAGAAAUAACCUUAAAAUGUUGCUUAGAGUGAUAGUGAAUGUUGUUCUUCUUUAUACAAGUGAGAAAUAUCUGCUCACUCAUGAGAGAAUGAUCAACUGUCUCUAGUAGAAUGUUAAAAUGCCUAAGAUCAGGCCAACAGUGAAAAUUCAUCAAACAGGAUGACUUCAUGAGACACUCUGACCUUAUUUGACUUACAGGAUGUUGACUUGUUCUGACAAAAAUGUAAAAUCAUCAUGUUUUACAUGUGCACUGCAAAAUUGCACUGCCCAUUCCUAACAGUAAAAUAGUCUUACUCAGACCUUUGAGGAGCACUGUGAUCAUGGUCAAAAAUUUUAAUCUGUUUAACCCAGCCAUGAUGCCUGUUGGUUCAGGUCACCUGAUUAGCUUACAUACUUCAAAGACUCGGUGGUAAUGCGCCCCUUUUGGUGUAAUGUAAUGUAAAUGAGUUUGAAAUGCUGAGAUGCGAAGCAAGUGAUUUCAAAGCAGAAGAAGUGCCUGUUUGAGAGUGUUUUUUUAUUAAAGAUAAGAUAUUUCGUCUCAAUCUGAACCUCCAGUCAUUACUGCAGACACAAACUAUAUUUAGUCACAAUUACAAAGCAGCUUGAGGAGGCAGUGGGAGAUACUUAGACCUUUAUAUGCGUACAAUAGGUUUGUAGCUCCAUACACUGAAAUAUGCAGAAAGGUGAAAAAUUCAAAUGAGCUGCCUUCAUGAAACUGUCUGCACGUACAAGCAAGAAUUGAAAAACAGAAAGUUGUGAAUCUUUGUAAAUCUAUUUGACCUUGUCUUCCAACACUUUAGAAUAGCAUGUCUUUAUAUGGACAGAUGUACUUGAGCAGGCACUUCUUUGUCUUUCAAAUUGCCAAGUUCUUUUGAACCCAAGCUUCCAUCGAUCCACCUGUCAACUGCCACAGGUCAAACACCAAAAGAGGAUUUUACCUGUGGAAGUUGAGUUGUCUCAGCAGUACCUGGUCUUAUCGGCUGUAUAUCCAAAUCAGAGAUAUGCAUUAGAUAGAGAUGUGCAUUCUAAUCCCCUUUAUAAUCUUUUAAAGUCUUAAAACCCAAUUUACUGGGAACAAUACAACAGGCCAAAUUGGAUUCAGCUGGAUUCAGUAAUUUUCUUCAGAGUAAUUACAAACAUGACUGAAUCAUGCUCCAUCUUAAUCCGCUAUCAAUUCCUGAAUCAAAAUUAUUUCAAAUUGUGAUAUUAUUUACCUGACUUGUAUUUAAAUUCAGGUUGAACACAGGAUUAAUUUGUUAGGACCAAUAUUCUCCAGGGAAGAAUCUUACUGAUAUUCAACAUUUCCAUGUCAAAAUAUUGUGUUCCCACACAUUUUAUUUAUGUCAGGGCACUAAAACAAAACCUUAAAAAACAUCAGUUAAAUCAUCACAGGACACCCAGGAGAAUAUUACAAUGUUCAGAUUCGGGGCUCAGUAGACCGACAACUAACAACUCCCAAAAUUUCAGAAAUGGGUGAGUAUGGCAGGUUGACAUGUAAUCUUGUGUUAAAUCAAACUAUUGGUCUACCCCCAACUCAUUUAUUCUACAGAUUCCGUUCCUGCUAGUUUAAAAUCAGAAUGUCAUCACCCUCCCGAUUCCAGGAUUGGAGUUAUGAUAGCUUUUACUGAGGUCAUAUCAGAAAUUAUUGUCAUUUUAGCCUAAAGAGGAAUUGACAGAUCCUAGUAAGAUGUAGCCUUAAGGUAAAAGUUGUAUUGCUGCUACAUUUUAUGAGAUUUCACUUUAAGUUUUUUUCUAUACCUAGAACUUGAGAAACACUUGUCCCACCUGACAGCCCACUGCUUGAAACGUACUCUUAAUGCCCUCAAACCUUGCACCAUGGAUUAGCUACUAUGAUUCAUGCAUAUGUGCCCACACGCAUACACUUAAAGUACGACUGUGGUUCUUGGGUGGAAGUACUGACACUGUGAGUGACGUGGUAAUUGGUUUCUUUGGUUUGGACAUUCUGUGGAAGGUGUGAAAUGAGAAAAUAACGACAUAUAAGGGGCGUAGUGAGCUUCUAAUGAAUGUGGCUAUACAACAUGUCUUUAAAUUCAAAUGUGUUUUAACUGAUCCAAAUGGCCACACUCUGAGACAGGGCCAAAAACAUGCCAUCAUAGCCUCGGAGCAUCUCCCUGCCUCCCUUAUCUCUCUUCAAGAAUUCUGUCUCGAGUCUUUGGAAGUCUAUUUUGAAUGUGUUCCCACUGUAGUACAUUUGUCAGGUGUUGGUUUUGAUUUAUGCCUGUCAUCAUCUUUAGAACAACCGUUGCAGACGACCAGGAAACUAGAAGUCAAUGUCCGAAUGUUUUGUUCUGUUGCUUUUUUCCAGGCAGAACUUUUCAAAAACACGAAAGCAUGGGAAUCUGUUGAUGGAAGCAUGAUGACACAGUAAUUCAACAUGUUUAUAUUCUUCAGCUAGUUUUUAAUGCUUAAAUAGAAAGACCUUUCCUGCUCUCACCUCUGGACAAGAAUGAUUGAGCUAAACAGUGGCUUGUUGACCAUGUUGCUCACAGUGUUAUCUCUGCUUCAGUCCUGGAACUAGUUGCUGAUGUCUUUUGUCCAACAUAGUAAAUGAACACAUGGGGGCGGAAGCUUCCAUUCUUUUCCCACGCUUUCUUUUUGACCCCUUAGGCAAUGCUCAGGUGUAUACAGCUUCAUGAUGCAAUAACUUUCCAAUAGGUGGAUGUAUAGUAACUUAAGCUGAAAUGGUUAAUACCAGCUGCCUUACAUAACAAUAACACAGGGUCAAAAUACAGGCUACAGCUGCUUUAAGACCUUCCUAAUCAAAGCUGGAACUACAGUGGUGUGUGGGUUGUAGUUUAGAGGUCAGUGUCUCUGCUGCAUUAUGGGCUCUUGUUGACACUGAAGUCACGUCAGGAUUGGGCGAACAUGACGGCUGCUCCAGUUGUUGGAGGUGACUUCUUGUGCCUUGUUGAUCGGGGUGCAGACUUAAGUGAAACACUGCUCCCACUGAAAGCAAUAUACAUCAUGGAACUUAAGUUUAGUUUGGGACACGCUGAGCCCUUUCGAGGAUUGUAAAGAUGAUUUUAAAGAUAAUCCUAUGUAAAAGCACUGUACACCGAUGUUGACCCAUGAGACGUGGAGGUGGAAGGUGGGACUUUGUGCUGAACCAUGUGAGAGCUGCACUCUUUCUCUCUCAGCUUCUCUGAUCUGUGACACUGGUGGGAGACGCUGUAUAUCUGUUGUUAGUGCCUGCGCUACCAAUGGCAAUGAUUCCAGUGGGGCUUCCAACAGAACAGGAUGUGGCGUCUGCUCUGGGGUUUCAGAUCUGCUCUCAGCAGAAUUUGCCAUGCCUGAUGCAAUCAGAUUAUUAGAGACAAAAUAAAAGCCAUACUUGAGAAACUCGAGCUUUGACCUUCCGCCAAACAAGUUACAGAGAACAAACGUCAGCAUCAGCAGUAGUUGUACUUUAAAGGUUCUGUCAGUAGAUUCAUACCCGAUCUUUCCAGUCACAGUCGCACACAAGUAGUUCUCGGCAUAGUUAGGUGUCCACCCAACUAUUUUACACUUUCCUGCAAAUAAGACACAAAAGUAGACAUUUGGAUAAUACUAGUUUCUGUAACGGUUUGCCCAAUGGUCAUAGAAUUGUGGAUGUUCAGCACUUUAAGGACUUGAUGCAUUAAGGAGUUGAUCCUUGUUGUCAGAAACAGCAGAUCUCAGCCCAUGAUCCAUUAAGUAUCUUGUGAACUCCAAUUCUUCAUGGAGACUGUGUUGAGUGAAAUGAUCAGAAGCCAGAGCAGCCACUAAAAGGACCUUGUGUUGAAAUUGUUAAGUUUAUGUCUCUGUUCACAGCAGUUGGACAUUGUCCAGUUUUCUACUUAUGGUCACGGCGUCCACUGAAAUUCCUGUAAUCCUACGUAGGCAUGUUGCUGAUCGUUGGGUGGAUACAAAUACAGAGCGAAGAAAGAGCAGCUCCUUCCUUCAGAUUGUAUCUUUCAGGGCUUUUAUUAGAUGUUCUACAUUUCUGUAGCACUCUGCUCUGUGUGACCUGUCUUUUUCCUGGAUUUAAAAGUAACAGCUAGGAUUGCUAUUCGAUUUAGUUGUUCAAGCACUGGUUGCUCCUCUGGUUGGAGUUGAUCAGUUCAGAGCUCAAUGUAUUAGCUUUAUGAUGCAUACAAGGUUUUUAGCGUCACACUCGAGUGUCAAUAGACUUGCAGCAGCUGUGAGGGUGAAGUCUUAGGCGGUGUUGGGUGCUCUGCUGACUGGCUUCCUGUUUAAUACUGUAUGUGAUGUGACUGAGCAUGAAGUGGAACAGAUGUUUAUGUCUGUCAGUUGUUGACGAACUGUCGGCAGAUUAGAUGUUUAAACCUUGAAACUUUAGUGUUGUGAAACUAGGGGCUGGUAACCCGAACUAUUCUUACUCAUUCCAGUUAUACUGGUGGAUCAUGGUUAGGUGUGGGGGGUGGGCAUUUAUGAACUGGGGUUGAAAAAGACAGUGCUUGUCUUGCUGUUAUUUAUUGAUGACCACGGCUCUCUGAGGUGGACGAAAUGUUUCCACAGACCGAUCACUCUUUGAAACGUUCAUGUCAUCUCCGCGGCCUCUCCAACAAGAAUGGUUUUUUUAGGCACGGUACUGUCUGUCCCUUUAAAUCACUUUCAUUCUGAUACCGUUUACUGCAGGGGCAUUUGUCAUGGCUGUUCUUUUAGACAUCUUUAGCACAACGUAGUUUUUGCAACAUUUUGUUCAUAGGGUUUCACUACGAUAGCGUUUAUUAAUGGCAACACUUCAGAAUACUGUAAAAGUACCUUGUUAUUUUGGUGAGUGGUGUGAUAAACUUGAGCCUGUCCUGUGAUAUUUAAGUGUAGCUUUUAAGUAUUUGAAUGGUCUGAGGCUGCUGAAUGAAACAAACCCAUCGUUUCUAAACAAGGCACUUGCUUUGUAUAAUCUUUGAGCAAUAGCAAGGACAGAAUGUCUUCUUUUUU